UAGCUAGAAUUGAGUGCACAUAUAUAUGACUUCACAUAUCACAUAUGUGUAUGUAUACAUAUAACGAUUCCUGGAUUAAAGAUAUAUUACAAAGUUAUUGCUUUUUUUUUUCAAGAAGCUACUAACCUAAAGAUCAUAGCUAGAAUUAAAUACAUACUAUACGGAGAAUCAGAUGACAUUUAAUUAUAAUGAAAAGCCUGGGGGCAGUUUGGCGCACUAUUUCGAGCUCUUCUAUGGUAAUUCUUGAGACAGCCGCAGGCAGCACAAGUCAGGGCGGCAGAAGUUCCCUCUUCGCCGCCUGCCAUGAACUCCUGACAGCCGUCCAGGACGGCGGCGUUUCCACCGCUGCUGGCGGCAGCGUGAUUCCUGCGGCAUUCGGCAUACCGGUAUAUGCCGGAAGCAUCUUCGGCAGUGUUCCUUCUGGUCGUGUCUCUCUUCUCCACCGCUUUGUUCUUCCUCAUGCUACACUCGCUUCUUCAAUUGAUAAUAAUAUAGUAAUUGUAUCUCAGGAGAAAGGAAAUUGCGCUAUUAGGAGUAUAAAGUAAUGUAUUAGGAAACUAAAUAUAGCUACUAAAGCGCUUGGCACGUUAACAAUAUAUACAUACACGCGUGUGAUGCCUUCCAUUAAUGAUUUUCCUUAAAUUAAUGCACUUUUUAGAUGUAGAUGUUAUGAUUGGCG